UGGCAGGGUUGGAUGCCAAGUCCAGUGGCCGCCUGGGCACCCGAGCCAUGGUGUACUACAUGUCCACCACAGUCAUCGCUGCCGCUCUGGGUGUCAUUCUGGUGCUGGUCAUCCACCCAGGUAACCCCAAGCUGAAGUCCAACCUCGGGCCUGGCAAGAAGAACGAUGACGUCUCCAGUCUGGACGCCUUCUUUGAUCUAAUUCGAAACCUUUUCCCAGAAAACCUGGUUCAGGCCUGCUUCCAGCAGAUCCAGACAGUCACCACAAAAGUCCCCGUACCUACCAACAGGACCAGGGGUCCACCACAGUUUACCAUCAAAAGGGCUCUUCAGUACAAGAGUGGGAUGAAUGUGCUAGGUUUGAUUGGUUUCUUUGUGGCUUUCGGGAUAAUCAUGGGGAAGAUGGGAGAAAAGGCCAAGCUCAUGCUGGAGUUUUUUAACGUUCUCAACGAGAUCGUCAUGAGGAUUGUUGGCAUGAUUAUGUGGUAUUCCCCUUUCGGUAUCGCCUGUCUCAUCUGUGGGAAGAUCAUCUCAAUCGAUGAUCUGGAAAUGGUUGCCAGGCAACUGGGAAUGUACAUGGUGACCGUGAUCGUGGGCCUUGUCAUCCACGGUGCCAUAUUUCUACCGCUAAUAUACUUAGUCAUCGUGAAGAAAAACCCCUAUGUCUUCUUCAUGGGAAUCUUCCAGGCCUGGGUCACCGCUAUUGGGACAGCAUCUAGUGCUGGUACCCUGCCAGUCACAUUCCGCUGUCUGGAGGAGAACUUGGGCAUCGAUAAGCGAGUGACGCGAUUCGUGCUCCCCGUGGGCGCCACUAUCAACAUGGACGGCACUGCGCUUUACGAGGCCGUGGCAGCCAUCUUCAUCGCCCAGAUGAAUAACAUCGACCUCGACUACGGCCAGAUCGUCACUGUCAGCCUGACAGCAACCUUGGCCAGUGUGGGAGCAGCCAGUAUCCCCAGUGCUGGAUUGGUGACCAUGCUACUGAUCCUAACAGCCGUUGGGUUACCCACCCAAGACAUCAGUCUGUUGGUGGCUGUUGACUGGCUGCUGGAUCGGUUCCGAACCUCCGUCAACGUGGUUGGGGACUCCUACGGGGCCGGUAUCGUUUACCACCUGUCCAAAGACGAGCUCGAUGCGUUUGACGCCGCGCAAAAAGUUGAUGAAUUUGAGUUGACAAAAUCCCAAUCCUUCUUGGAGAACAACACCAACCAGUGCGUUUACGCUGCAGCCCACAGCACAGUCAUGAUAGAUGAUUGCAAGGUAUCCAUGGGCAAUGGAAACGGCCACCCCAACGGCCACCCCAACACUGCAGAUUUCUCUCUUGUUGAGGAGGAACCAUGGAAACGAGAGUAAAGCAGCACCCUGCUCCGACCUCAUCCUGACUUCCACAAGCUUCCCUUCCUGACCAAAAUAAAGAACGUAACCACACUUAGUCCUGUAAUCACAAGCUUUGGUGCAUCAGUCUUACUUCCUGUGGUCUGACUAUGGUCAGUUCAUUGACUAUGGGAUGAAGCUCCCCUCCCACAAAGACAACGUAGGUACGCAUCCACUUGUACCUAUCUUAAACAAUUAGAUUAGGACUUCCAAAUGACAUUGCUUAAGCUGUGCUGGUGAUUUUUAAGGCAUUGUUUAGUAUAAUGGACCCAUUCAGGUGGUUGUAUUCUGAACCUUACUCGACAGUGCAUGUUCUCUGAUAUACACAAUGCCGCACUUUUGUUGCUGCUCAACCUUUUGGGGAAAAAGCAAUCCUUCUGUCUGUUUUAUGUAUAAAAAAUGUAGGGGUUUUGUUAGCGCCAGAGGCAGUUCAGAGAAUGUGUGCUUAUGGGAUGUGGCCUUGCCAGUUGUAUACAAGGACCAGUUGAGGAGUGUUAUGAUGAGAAGCCCCUCCAUGGAGAACCCUCCUGUCAGUCACUACUAUUCCUAUUCCUGACCCUGCACAACCUUAUAACAAUAUGUUCCAGAAACACUUGAUGUUCCAGGGGUUGCUAGAUAUUCAGUGGUGGUCGAUUCACUUUUCUUUGGUUUCCAGAGUGGCUUUGACGCUUUCUAAAACCUGCUGCCUUCUAAUAGCACUAAGAAUAAAAUAACUUAAAGAGCCUUGGUAAUGCACAUUUUCUUAAAAAUAUAAAAAUUGCAAAAACGUCAAGGCAAACACUGAACUAUCUCAAAAAGCCCUUGACUUUACUACUGCCUCUUGUUGCAGUCAACCAAUAGCAGCAAACAGGUUCUGAAACCGUUAACGUAACAACAUCCCGCAGCAAAGGGAAGCAGAAUGUUGACCAUGUGGCUCCCCCUAGUGGCAGAAUAAAAACAAGUGUUGGGUGUGUUGAAGGAGCUACAAUACCUUUGACUUAGAGGAUUAAACUCUGGCAUCGGCACACAUGAUCAGCCUCUAAGCACUGGAGCUUACCUCUGGACUUAACAUCACUAAAUGCCUCCAAAUGCGGCUGCUGCGUAUUUAUAGACAGCCAACGACGCAAGGUGCAUAUGGACAGUAUUAACAAGACAUGUGCAGAGGCAGGAAGAGCAUUUAAUGUGUUCCCUCCCCUGGCUGUAAGAGGACAAACACACCAACAAUCAAUAUAUUCUAUACGUUUUUGUGUGUCUGUAUAUAACGUAUACGUGCAUUCGAGUGUGUGUGAAUGUGUGUGUCAAAGAAAGAGUGAAAAAGAGAAAGAGAACAAAAGACAGAAUAAUAGAUGGUAGGGAGAGAGUAAGAGAUGGUAGAGAGAGAGUAAGAGAUGUCAGGUAGAGAGAGAGUAAGAUAUGGUAGAGAGUGAGUAAGAGAUGGUAGAGAGAGAGUAAGAGAUGGUAGAAAGAGAGAGAGAGAAGGUAAGAGAUGGUAGAGAGAGAGUAAGAGAUGUCAGGUAGAGAGAGAGUAAGAUAUGGUAGAGAGAGAGUAAGAGAUGGUAGAGAGAGAGUAAGAGAUGGUAGAAAGAGAGAGAGAGAAGGUAAGAGAUGGUAGCGAGAGAGUAAGAGAUGAUAGAGAGUAAGAGAUGGUAGAGAGAGUGUAAGAGAUGGUAGAGAGAGUAAGAUAUGGUAGAGAGUGAGUAAGAGAUGGUAGAGAGAGAGUAAGAGAUGGUAGAAAGAGAGAGAGAGAAGGUAAGAGAUGGUAGAGAGAGAGUAAGAGAUGUCAGGUAGAGAGAGAGUAAGAUAUGGUAGAGAGAGAGUAAGAGAUGGUAGAGAGAGAGUAAGAUAUGGUAGAGAGUGAGUAAGAGAUGGUAGAGAGAGAGUAAGAGAUGGUAGAAAGAGAGAGAGAGAAGGUAAGAGAUGGUAGCGAGAGAGUAAGAGAUGAUAGAGAGUAAGAGAUGGUAGAGAGAGUGUAAGAGAUGGUAGAGAGAGUAAGAGAUGGUAGAGAGAGAGUAAGAGAUGGUAGAGAGAGUAAGAAAUGGUAGAGAGAGGGAGUAAGAGAGGGUAGAGAGAUGGUAGAGAGAGAGAGUAAGAGAUGGUAGAGAGAGAGAGUAAGAGAUGGUAGAGAGAGAGUAAGAGAUGGUAGAGAGAGAGUAAGAGAUGGUAGAGAGAGUAAGAGAUGGUAGUGAGAGAGUAAGAGAUGGUAGAGAGAGGGAGUAAGAGAUGGUAGAGAGAUGGUAGAGGGAGAGUAGGAGAUGGUAGAGAGAUGGUAGAGAGAUGGUAGAGAGAGGGAGUAGGAGAUGGUAGAGAGAUGGUAGAGAGAGGGAGUAGGAGAUGGUAGAGAGAUGGUAGAGAGAGGGAGUAGGAGAUGGUAGAGAGAUGGUAGAGAGAGGGUAGAGAGAUGGUAGAGAGAGAGAGUAAGAGAUGGUAGAGAGAGAGUAAGAGAUGGUAGAGAGAGUAAGAGAUGGUAGAGAGAGAGUAAGAGAUGGUAGAGAGAGGGAGUAAGAGAUGGUAGAGAGAUGGUAGAGGGAGAGUAGGAGAUGGUAGAGAGAUGGUAGAGAGAUGGUAGAGAGAGGGAGUAGGAGAUGGUAGAGAGAGGGAGUAGGAGAUGGUAGAGAGAGAGAGAGUAAGAGUUGGUAGAGAGAGAGUAAGAGAUGGUAGAGGGAGAGUAGGAGAUGGUAGAGAGAGGGAGUAAGAGAUGGUAGAGAGAGUAAGAGAUGGUAGAGGGAGAGUAGGAGAUGGUAGAGAGAGGGAGUAAGAGAUGGUAGAGAGAUGGUAGAGGGAGAGUAGAAGAUGGUAGAGAGAUGGUAGAGAGAUGUUAGAGAGAGGGAGUAGGAGAUGGUAGAGAGAGGGAGUAGGAGAUGGUAGAGAGAGGGAGUAAGAGAUGGUAGAGAGAUGGUAGAGGGAGAGUAGGAGAUGGUAGAGAGAGGGAGUAAGAGAUGGUAGAGAGAUGGUAGAGGGAGAGUAGAAGAUGGUAGA